CUCUACGAAUUCAUGCACUUCUACGAAUGCAACGGUAUUUGCACGUAGUAUGUUAGUUUAAGAGGGAUAAAUAAGUGUGGAUGUUAUAAAACCUUCGAACUUUAAACAGAUCAUUCACUUUAUUGCUAUGGGGAAGAAAGAAUUUCGAAGGUUAAUAUGUUUGGUUGUUUUGUUUGUGUCAUUUCAGAGCUACGAUUUUAAAUCGAUUAUUAAUGACACUGCUGUAGGGAAUAUUGAUGGUACAUAUUUACAAAGGAUGGGAAAAAUGCUGAAUAAACCAGUUUUAUCUUUGAUAGGAGCCGCAAUGAAUAAUUUGCAUAAGUGUGAACAGUGGACCACCUGGUCGUCUUGCACCGCUUCAACGCCGAAUCACUUUGGACUUAAAAAGCGAACACGACUAUGUGGCACAGAAAGGAAAAUGACCGAGACAGGUCCUACACACACGGAGGAGGAUUUUAAUGUAUGCAAGGGCGUAUGUCCAGCUGACUACGAAAUUAUCGAGAAUGGAUUAUGUAUGAAACUUUACACUAUAACAAAAUCAAAUGCAGAUGCCCAAAAGCAAUGUGAAGCCGAUGGAGGGAAUUUGGUAAAAAUUGACACCGAAAGCAAAUUAGAUGAUGUCGGAAAGUUAACGGGAAUUUCUACAUUAGGCUAUAUUUACGUUGAUGGCGUUCGCAAAGACCCAAAUUCUGCAUGGGUUUAUGCAACUCCUACCAAGAGCAUAUUCUUUAAAUGGGCAACUGGUGAACCGAACAAUCAAUCAAACCAGCUAUGCAUUGUUGUUAAAGGAAGUGACAAAUUAAUGUUUGAUGGUUCAUGUUCUAAUGGCAGACCUUUCAUUUGUGAAAUAACUAAAAAUAAUUGAAAUAUUAUGCUAAUCAAGACAUUGGCAUAUUUUUCUAUAAUUUUCUUUAUUCACAAACUCAAUAUUUGAUGUUUGGCUACUCGCAAUAUACUAAACCUGCUAAAAGUUUUCGUGUUUUAAUAUUUUGUAUUGUUUCUUAAUGGUGUUUUAUACGAUGUGUCUAUUUGAUCUUUAGAAAACAAAUUGUGAUUAAUGUUUGCCUUUUGGGGCGUUCUUUAUGGAUUCUAUUUUUCUCUAUUAUAAGUAAACUUGGACAUUAAUUUGUAGCAUAAGUGCAUAGUAACUUGAGCAAAAAAGUUUAUGUUAGGAAAUAUGUGUUGAAUUGAGUAUGUGAUUAAAAUGU